GUCCAUCAAAAAGAAUCUAAUAGCACAUAAUUCGUUUGCAAUUAAGGUUCUAGGAGAACUGGUCGCUUAAGAUAUCACUAUCAAUUGCCAUUUUUAUGCCGAUUGCAUGACAAACCAGUUCUUCAAUAUCUUGUAGUAGCAAUAAAAGAGUAGACACCUUCAUCAUCAGUAGGUAACAUACAACUUUUUUUUUUGUCACAAACUUGCAACUUGGAACCUCUCUUUGUAUACACAACCACACAAUCCACACAAAGUGAGAAAAGAUAUAUAGGAAAAGCCUCCACUCAAAUUCUGUUCAUUUCUUGGUUCAUGCACUUAGAAUCUCUCCUUUAAAAACUCUUGCUUUACACAUAAGAAAACCACUUGAUACUGUAAUGUAUUAGGAAUUCAUGAUUCAGCCUACAAAACACAAUGUAGCUCACGAUCUUAGACUCAACAACAAUGCUCUAGUUCAGUGAAAGAUAAAAAAAAACAGGAAAAAUCAUAUUUAUGAUCUGCCAAGGCUGAAACACAGAGAGAGGUAAACUCAACUUCUACCAAACACAGUUAAAAAGAGUUACUCCCUCCGUCCCGAAAAGAUUGAACUGCUUUGACUUUCACGGAGAUUAAGAAAAAGUAAUAAAAAGGUUGAAAAGUUGGUAAAGUAGUGGGACCCAUCAAAAUUUUAAUAAUAGAUUUGAGAUAGUGGAGGAAAGUAGUGGGUGUAAUAGUGUUUAUAUUAUUAUAGAAUAGAGAUAGUGGAAGAAAGUAGUGGAUGUAAUAGUGAAAAAUAGUGUUCAAAAAUAGUAAGUUUAAUAGGUUCAUUCUUUUUGAGACGUCCCAAAAAGGAAUAAGUGUCAAUUAAAAUGGGACGGAGGGAGUAGAAUAUAAGAAAAAUUAUGUUUCUUAAGGCAAGGCCGUGGAUGAGCUGGUCGAGAUCAGGGAGUGUAAUGGUACAAGUGGACUUGCGGUUAUUCCUGUAUUUUACAAAUGUUGAUAAAACCUGCUUGGGGAAUCAACUUGAGACUUGUGCUGGAGGGUUUGGUCAAUUGCAACAAACAGGAUACGCGUCUAGUCAGAGUGGCAAUUGAGGAGAUUGCUGGUAUGCCGGGAUUAGAUCUGAAUAAGUUUGCGCCUAGAAAUGAAGCCAAGUUUAUCCAAAACAUUACUGAGGUGGUUGCUGAGAACGCGCGAUCUUUGAGACACAAGUUAGCAAAGGCUACUAAGGAAUCAGCAUCAUGCUUUCCGCAAAUUCAGAAUGGCAAUGAAGUUGAGAGUGUCCAAGAAAUUGAAGAGAAAGUAACUGAAGUGAAGCUGAUGCACAAUAAAUGGUCAAUCUAUUUGUUCAUCUUCGGAUACAACUUCUCAGUGGAAUCUGCAAGGUUUUAUUGCUUGGCUUGGAGAAUAGAUUUUUUCCUUGGCGGAACCAACCUGAAUAUAAUGAAAAGGUUGAUUAGCUGGACAAGCGUACUCUUCUUCAUUUUCCCGGCAUAUAAUGGUACUGGUGGUUUUGAUGAAGAGCUGCUCAGAUUUUGGGAUGAGCUGGUCAAGAUCAGGGAGUGUAAUGGUACGAGUGGACUUGCGGUUAUUCCUGUAUAUUACAAUGUUGAUAAAUACAGCUUGGAGAAUCAACUUGAGACUUGUGCUGGAGGAUUUGAUCAAUUGCAACAAACAGGGUACGCGUCUAGUCAGAGACGGGCAAUUGAGGAGAUUGCUGGUAUGCCGGGAUUAGAUCUGAAUAAGUUUACGCCUAGGGACGAAUCAGUUUGUCUUCAUAAACUAGUCGAGACAAUUUUAUCUGAAUUGAAGAUCAUAAAUUCGAUCAUGGACAGAACUAUUCCAAUUCUUGAUUGGAACGACAUCUUCAUCAGUUUUCGUGGUCAAGAUUCUAGGAAAACCUUCGUAAGUCAUCUAUACACGGCUUUUGCUAGAGCAGGAAUCAGUACAUUCAGAGACGCUGCUGAUAUUUCAUGAGGACAGGCGAUUUCUGAGGUGUUAGAAGGAGCAAUUCAAAGAACAAAGAUUGCAGUUGUUGUGUUCACUAAGCACUAUGCUGAUAGCCAAUGGUGUCUGAAUGAGCUUGUCUGGAUCAAUAAACGCAGAAAAAGCGGACUGCUGCUUGUUCCUGCCUUCUACGAUGUCAAUCCAUCGGUUGUGAGACGCCAAACAAAGAUGUAUGCAGAAGCUUUUACACGUCAUGGUGAACGAAUGUCUGACAAAGUGGAAACUUGGAGAAAAGCCUUAGCUGAUGCAGCAGAUAUUUCAGGAUAUGCUAUCCAAUGUAAUAAUGGAAACGAAGCCAACUUUAUCUAAAAAAUUACUGAGGUGGUUGCUGAGAAAGCGCGAUCAUUGAGACACAAGUUAGCAGAGGCUACUGAGGAAUCAGUAUCAUACUCUCCGCAAAUUCAAAACGGGUACUUUCUAAUUGAACUACAAUGAAGUUGAAAGUGUCCAAGAAAUAGAAGAGGAAGUAACUAAAGUGAAGCUGAUGCACAAUAAAUGGUCAAUCUAUCCUUCAUCUUUAGAUACAACUUCUCAGUGGAAUGUCUUUUUAAGCUUCAGAGGUGUAGAUACGCGAAAAACAUUUGUCAGUCAUUUAAACGCAGAAAUGAAGCAUGCUGGAAUCAAA